GCCAAGAUCGCCGUCGUCGACGACGUCGUUGACGCCGAGGCGAACUUCGACUACGGGAUGUACGCUCCGGAUCCGAAUUGCACGCUGCUCGACGACGGCGGCAAUCAGACGCUGCCGCUGCACUGCAACGACACGAUGGGACCGCCGUCGCUCUUCAUCAUCAUCAUGACGAACAUGAACAUCGUCAUCUACGCGAUCAUCUUCGUGCUCGGCAUCAUCGGCAACAGCCUCGUCAUCUACGUCGUCUACCGCUUCGCGAAGAUGAAGACGGUGACGAACAUGUACAUCAUGAACCUGGCGAUGGCCGACCAGCUGUUCCUGCUCAGCAUCCCGCUGCUCAUACACACGUCGCUGAUCGGCAAGUGGAGCUUCGGCACGCCGCUCUGCAAGAUCUACAUGGUGUUCUCGUCGGUGAACAUGUACACGAGCAGCUUGUUCCUGCUCGUCAUGAGCAGCGACCGCUACCUGGCCGUCUGCCAGCCCGUGCGCUCGGUGAAGUGGCGCACGCCGCUGCACGCGAAGCUCGUCUGCGGCUUCGUGUGGACGAUGUCGAUUCUUGUGAUGAUACCGAUCGCGCUGUACGCGCGCACGACCGACGAGUACCACUGCGGCGUGUUGUGGCCGAGCAGUCAGCUCGUGCGAGCCGAGUCGGCCUUCAUCUGGUACUCGUUCCUGCUCGGAUUCGGCAUUCCCGUCUCGCUGACGCUUAUCUUCUACGUGAUGGUGCUGUCCAAGCUAAAGCGCCUCGGCCCGAAGUCGGAGAGCCGCUCGAAGGCGAAGAAGAAGUCGCAUCGCAAGGUGACGAAGAUGGUGAUGACGGUGAUCACCGUCUACAUCUGCUGCUGGUUCCCCUACUGGGUCAUGCAGAUCGUCAUCACGCUCGGCAAUCCGGUGGACACGAACGUGCAGCUCGUCAUCAUCGUGCUGAUCUACUCGCUCGCCUACGCCAACUCGGGGAUGAAUCCGAUUCUGUACGCCUUCCUCAGCGACAACUUCAAGAAGAGCUUCAUCAAGGCGUUCAAGUGCGCGGCGACUAGCGACGGCCUCAACAACGAGACGAGCGUCUUUCCGACGCGCGGCUCGCGCAACAAGGGCAACUCGAAGCGUCGGCGCGGCGUCGACAGCGACGAGGAGGACGACAUCGAGAGCACGCACGUGACGAGCCUGCACGGCAAGUCGCGCGAAAGCGUCAACGACAACAGCGCCACGCCGCUCGCCGACAUGAAGAACGGACGCAAUCACUCGAUCGGCACGCCGAACAGCGACGCGACGCCGCUGUGA